AGGCGCUGUUGCCAUGGCGAUCUGGGAGUUAGAUAUCAAGGCCUAAACUUCUCGACGCCGUUUUUGAUGAAGUUGAGAAGAGAUGCCUGGGUCCAGUGACACUAUAUGGGAUAUUGCUAAAGCAGAAAUUGAGAAAACAGAAAACAGUGAAGAUGACAGAGAUCCUCUAGAAUGUUGUGAAAGAUCGUUGUUCUUUUUAGGAAAUAAAAAUGGGGGUAAGACUAGUAUUAUAUUGAGGUGCCUUGACAGGGAUGAAGUUCCAAAACCAACCCUAGCUUUGGAAUAUACUUUUGGAAGAAGAGCAAAGGGGCAUAAUACACCUAAAGAUAUUGCUCACUUUUGGGAAUUAGGUGGUGGAACUUCAUUGUUGGAUUUAAUCCCUAUACCAAUAAUGACAGUUAACAUAAGGACAUUUGCUGUUAUUCUUGUCUUGGACCUUUCAAAACCAAAUGAACUCUGGCCAACCAUGGAGAGUCUUCUACAAGUCACUAGAAGGCAUGUAGACAGAAUUAUAUCAAAACUGGGACAAAACAAUCCCAAAAUAGCUACUGAAAUUAAGCGGAAGAUGUGGAACAAUGUGCCAAAGGAUCAUCCUGAUCGUGAGCUAAUUGACCCAUUUCCAAUUCCACUAGUUAUAAUUGGAAGCAAAUAUGAUCUAUUUCAUGAAUUUGAUUCUGAGAUGAAAAAAAUAAUAUACAAGACACUUCGAUUUGUUGCUCAUUAUUAUGGUGCAUCUUUAGCGUUUACUAGCAAAUCGGAAGCUCUGUGGUUGAAAACACGUGCACUUAUUAACCAUUUGGCCUUUGGUUUUGAUAGAAGCAAAUCCAUGUCAGUGGAUCCAAGUAAACCACUUUUUAUUCCAGCAGGAAUGGACUCUCUUAGUCAAAUAGGACCUCCUCCUGCUACUGAUAGCGACAUUGGAAAGUUGAAUGCACAAACACCUUUGGAUUUAUGGAAAAAAGUUUUUGGAAAGAUAUUUCCCCCAAAGAAAGUUGACAUUUUCAAAGAAGCUAGGGACCCAGCUCAGGAUCCACAAUAUGCUGAAUAUGAAGUUGAUGCCAUGCGAAGUCAAAAAAAUGAGGAAUUAGAACAGUACAAAAGAAAUGCUGCUAAAACCUGGAAAGAAAUAGAAUUUGAUUCUUGACUGAGAAUUAUUUACCUUUCAUCCAGUUUUCAAUUGAAACCUAUAUUUCAAAUGUUUAAAUGGAUUCAAGUAAAGUUUUAAGACCUUUUUAAUAUAUGACAUCAGAUCAGUUGUCUCCAGAAGAAUUGAAAAGGUAAACCAAUGGCAAAUUGAUGUCCUACUGCCCAGAUGGCUAUCAUAGCCAGCCAUUAUAUUGAAACCUUGCAUAUAUAUAUAUUAUCUGUUGGGUACUUUGAAGCAAAAGGUUGAGUAAAUAAUUCCUGUAGUUGUAUAACAUUGUGGUUUGUUGUUUAUCAGCUGAGCCAUAAGCAUCUAUAACUUUUCCACGCAUCAGAACAUGCAAUAAAUUAUACAUUUUAAACUAUUGGACAAUGCAGUAGUCCAGAACUAACACAUUAAGUUCUGUUACUUGCAGGCUGUUUUUGUUUAAAUUGAGGAAUGCAUAAAUUUUAUUGAUCUUAGCGAAAGUAUACUUGAAAAUACAGAAAUUCAUAUUUAUGUUUUCACACAGCAGUGGCUUAGGCCAAUUUAAACUGCAUUGAAAAGUGUUUACAUUUUAAAUAAAAUUUUCAGUAGAAGAUAAGUUGUACAUAUAAGGAUUUUUCAUGCAUAUAUAAGUAUAUAUAUAUGACA